CCCGUUUGUAUAAUAACUACAGAGCUCAGUGUGUCUCUCUCUCUGUCUGUUUGUCUCUCUGUCCCCCACUCUCAGUCUGUCCGUUCUGUAGUGAGUGCAUGCAGGACAGCGGCCGCUCCCUGCCAGCGGACCCGGUAGAACAGUCUCGAUUCUCGGCUCGGUCGGUGAGCAGGACCGGACCGGCCCGGCCCGGAGUGAGAAUGGGUGACCCGGUGAGGAGCUCUGCGUCCGGCUCGAGCUGCAGCAGCGCCCCGGCUCCUGCCCCGGGCUCGGACACCUACAAAGGCUGGCUCUUUAAAUGGACUAACUAUCUGAAAGGGUACCAGAGGAGAUGGUUCGUCCUAAGUAACGGACUGCUCUCUUAUUACAGGACACAGGCGGAGAUGGCUCACACCUGUCGCGGCACCAUCAACUUGGCCACGGCCCACAUCGACACGGAUGACACGUGUAACAUGAUGCUGAGCAGCGGGGGGCGCACUUACCACCUGAAGGCCGCCACCGAGGUGGAGAGGCAGAAGUGGGUGACGGCGCUGGAGCUGGCCAAAGCCAGAGCCAUCCGCAUGAUGAACGAUCAGUCGGAUGACUCAGGGGAAGAGGAGCCGACGUCACGCUCGGACCGGAGUGAACUGCAGGGGGCGCUGAAGACCUUGGCGAGUAAGCUGGACGAUCUGUGCACGUGUAACGACCUGAUAGCGAAGCACGGCGCGGCGCUGCAGCGUUCUCUCAGCGAGCUCGAGGCUCUGCGCGUCCCCGUCGAGGGCAGCGAGAAGAUCAAGGCGGUGAACGAGAGAGCCACUCUGUUCCGCAUCACCUCCAAUGCUAUGAUCAACGCAUGCCGUGACUUCCUGGAGCUGGCUGAGAGCCACAGCCGCAGAUGGCAGCGAGUCCUGCAGCAUGAGCGAGAGCAGCGCACUCACCUGGAGGAGACGAUAGAACAACUGGCCAAGCAGCACAACAGCCUGGAGAGAGCCUGGAGGGAGGCGCCGACACACACCACCAACACACCUGACACGACCUCCACACACACCGGAGUGAGUGAGAGGUCCCACAAAGAGGAAGCGAGUGAUGAAGAUGAGAAUACGGAAUAUUUCGACGCCAUGGAGGAUUCGCCUGCUUUCAUCACAGUGCCGGCUACAGACGCCUCCCAGCACAGACGUUCUCAGAGUAAUCUAAGUGGAGCCAGCGGUGGGCAGCCCAGUGAUUGGAACCUGGAGCAACAUUCGUCUCCCAGCUGCAAUGAUUUAUCAGGGAGGGAGGUGCAGACACGCAGGAGGAGGCGGAGCCGAAUCCCGGACAAGCCUAACUAUUCGCUUAACCUGUGGAGCAUCAUGAAGAACUGCAUCGGAAAAGAGCUCUCCAAGAUUCCCAUGCCUGUGAACUUUAACGAGCCCCUCUCCAUGCUGCAGCGACUGACGGAGGAUCUGGAGUACAGCGAGUUGUUGGAUAAAGCGGCUCGCUGCGAGAGUUCUCUUGAGCAGAUGUGUUUGGUGGCUGCCUUCUCCGUCUCGUCGUACUCCACCACCGUCCAUCGCACGGCGAAACCCUUCAACCCGCUUCUGGGUGAAACGUACGAGCUCGACCGGCUGGACGACUACGGAUACCGCUCCCUCUGCGAACAGGUCAGUCAUCAUCCUCCAGCCGCGGCGCAUCACGUCAUCUCACAGCGAGGCUGGACCCUGUGGCAGGAAAUCACCAUUGCUAGCAAAUUCCGUGGCAAAUAUCUGUCCAUCAUGCCCCUGGGUGCCAUCCAUUUGCAGUUCCAUGCGAGCGGGAACCACUACGUGUGGCGUAAGGUCACCUCCACCGUGCACAACAUUAUCGUGGGAAAACUGUGGAUUGACCAGUCGGGCGAUAUCGACGUUGUGAACCACAGAACCAAAGAGACGUGUCAGCUUAAGUUUUCUCCAUACAGCUACUUUUCGAGGGAAGUUCCUCGCAAGGUGACGGGCGUGGUGUCAGACAGUGAAGGACAGGCGCACUACAUCCUGUCAGGAACGUGGGACGACCGAAUGGAGAGCGCGAAGAUCGUACAGAGCAGCCGAGGCGGCAGCAAUGUAGAGGGCAAGCAGAAGACCGUGUACCAAACACUAACACCUCGACUACUGUGGAAGAAAUACCCACUCCCAGAGAAUGCAGAAAACAUGUAUUUCUUUUCGUCGUUGGCUCUUACCCUGAACGAAGAGGAGGACGGCGUGUGUGUGACGGACAGCCGCCUGCGUCCGGACCAGCGUCUGAUGGAGGAGGGACGAUGGGAUGAAGCCAACACGGAGAAACAACGACUUGAGGAAAAGCAGAGGGCUGUGAGGAGGAGGAGAGAAGCCGAGGCGUCUGACGCCAUUGACCAAGAGUGUGAGCUUGACCCUGGUCGGGAGUACGAGGGCUAUAAGCCUCUCUGGUUCCACCAGAGAACCGACCCAGUGAGCGGAGAGACCAGCUUCGUGUAUAAAGGGGGUUACUGGGAGGCCAAAGACAGACAGGACUGGAACAUGUGUCCGGACAUUUUCUGAUCAGAGACAGGGGAGAGGACAGGACGUCCCCUCACAGACUCACAGACGUUCCAGGAACCCUGUCUCACCAAGAGAACCGAGACGAUCUCACGGGCUCGCCGUACAGAGAGAGAGAGAGAGAGACAUGUGGGACGUCUGAUUUCUCUCCAGUAUUCGCCUAAAAGCUGUGUGCGUGUGUGUGUGUGUUUAAAGGAGAAGCGGGGGAUUUGAACUUGAACUUUGACCCCUUUAUUCUUCCAAACCAAAUCAGGUGCUCUUUCUUCAAAAAAAAAAAAAAAAGAAGCAAGAACAAGGAAAAACGCGCCCUUCCGAGUGCACUCCUCUCGCUCCCUCUCUUGCUGCCUCUCGAGGAUGUAAUCACACGCCACCACACCUCGCUGUCCUCAACAUGAUUAGACCCGCCCUUAAUAUUUACAUAUCAUUAUAUCGCAAUUUGCAUAGCCCAAAGGACAAAGGGGGCGGAGUUUCAUGUCACUGAUGAGGUGCACUUUACUCGUCAUAGGCUCCACCCACUCUGAUUAAGAUUAAAGCAGGUUUAUCAGAAUCCUCGACAAGGACUUUAUUAAACAUCUAUAAGGAGAAAAUAUAUAAACCUUCCUGAAGUGCAGAGAGCCGCGUGACUGGUGACUCGCGGCUCGGUGACUCGCGGCUCGGUGACUCGCGGCUCGGUGACUCGCGGCUCGGUGACUCGCGGCUCGGUGACUCGCGGCUCGGUGACUCGCUCCAGGAUUCAGAUUCAAUUCAUAUUCAUCAAUUUAUAGUUAUUACAGUGUUAAAGGAAUAGUUUGGGGAAGAUUAAUAAUAUAAAGUAUUUAUGCUUUUCGAGCUUCAUUGCUGCUUCGUGCUUUAACCCACGAUGUCCGCCGUCUCCCGUAGCGCUACAGCGAUUGGUUUGUGUGUACAGAUCAAACAUCAGUUAAAGGUAAAGAUCGGGUGCAGCUCGGCUUCUUCUGGUCUGGUUACUGGGUUUGACUUUACAUCAGUAUCUGCUGAAGUGAUCGUAACGUGACGUAUUUCAGCAUCACCAGUCAAUCAGGAACACCCACUGAUACAAACAGGAAGUCCAUACUGUACAUACUGAUACGAGAGACGUGGAGACGCCGCUGUUUAUUGAAUAGAAAUUUCAAUUCUACAAACCUUUUAAUGAAACUUUAAUAGUUAUAAACUUUAUAGCUAAGGUUAUUACUCAUACUCAUUAAAGUUAACAUUAAAGAUGUUGUUUUUUUCACACAACUCAUAACGAGUUAUAACCGUUGCUAUAAGGUGUAAUGUGUUCCCAGGUGUAACGCGUUUAAAAACUUUUAAAUAAAUGUUUUCAUAAAUGUUCUGCUUUAGUGACGAACCACAACGACAAAAGAAUAAAGAAACGUCGACACGUGUUAUAAUGAAACUCUUCACGAAAUAAAAUGUUUGUAGUUGCCUUAUUCAGUUAAAAGUGAAAAAGCUAAUCUUUUUAUUUGCGCUGUAAACUUUGCGUUACAGUUUAAAGAUUCAUAAAAUAGCUGUUUUUAAAUUGUAAACUUAAAAUGUAGCGUCUGUUUAUGUUGAAAUAAGGUCACAGUAGCGUCGUUAUUAGCUGCAGUAGUCAGUAAAAAAGUUAUUAAAAUAAAACACUUGUCACUAAAAUGUUUUGACAGAUCGGCUACACACACAAAAAGAAUAAAAGAAAAUUGUGCAGCUGUCUGUUAUUUUUCUCCAAACUGUUCCUUUAAACAGCAGAUGAUCAGCAAGACGUUUUUCUUUUUUUAAAUAAUAGUCUCAAGGAAACUCUUUUUAGCUUUAGUAACUGCUAAUAAAAUAGCCAUAUCGUCCCUUAGGAAAUAUUUCACAGAACGUGUGCUUUCAGUGUUUAAGAAAAAAAAAAAUUUAUUAAAGCACACGUUAAUUAGCAUAACACUCGCUCCUCUUAAAGACCCGCGGAAAUACGCAAAAGAGAAACUGCGUUGUUGUCGACGGUGUAGCUCGACCUCCUGACCGUCUCGGUGUCGUCAGACUGAGUCUCUGUUGUCUUAAAAAAUCUCACAGUUCCCGAGACGGAUACGGUCCGAGACCUCGUCACGUGGGUUCUUUGAAGUUUUCUUAACGCUGUUCGGAACCUAGUAUUUAGAGCACAGGUACGCUGUUUACCUGACCAGACUCUGGUGUGUUUAUUGUUUUUUUUGGAUAACAGAGAAUAAUAAAAAUUAAUGAUAACCUGAAUAAUAAAAAGAAUAAUAAAAUAUUACAAUAAUGUGAUUAUAAUUAAUAUAAAGAAGUGAGUAAUGAAAUAAAUCUAACAGAAGUAUUUACUGUAAAUGUGUCUUAUAAUCAGAGAUGUUCUAGCUACUGUAGGCUCAAAGUUUUAAUUUUGGACUCUAAGGUUCUGUGGUUUGAUUUGAAUUUUAAUAUUUUGUAUUAAAGAGAUUUGCUCACACGA